AUGGAGAUAUUUUUGCGCGCAGACACACGUACACUCUAUUACUGUCACUCUCAUACUCCGGUAGGCGUGGGACUACUACUCGACGCGACCGGUGGAGUUAAGGCGCAAGACCGACACGACACGUGCUCUCCGAGGCACGGGGGUGAUACGCCGCUAACUUCCCAACUCCGGCUUACUAAACUGAAAGACUCAAUAACUCAACUUAAACCGACCCGGGACUCUUACCCAGGACCUCCGGUUGUGCAGCCAUACAUG